AUGAGAUUUGGAAUGAAGGGUAAAUUAAGCCCUAGGUACAUUGGGCCCUUUGAGAUUAUUGAGCGCAUAGGAAAAACUGCAUAUAGACUAGCCCUUCCACCGAGGCUGUCUGGAGUGCACGAUGUGUUCCAUGUGUCCAUGCUACGGAAAUAUUUGUGGGAACCAUCUCAUGUGUUGAGUUAUGAAACGAUAGAUGUGGAUCCAGAACUAUCUUAUCAAGAACAACCUAUAAAAAUUCUAGACAGAAGAGAGAAGGAGUUGCGGAAUAAGAUCAUCCCACUUGUGAAGGUCCUUUGGAGGAAUCAUGCAGUCGAAGAAGCAACUUGGAGUUGGAAGAGGAUAUGA